CGAGCCUAGCCCAGCCCCCCCGCACACCAGACCGGCCUGCCUCAGCUCAACAGGGGAGGCAAGCGCGGCUGUUGCUGAAGCUCCUGCUCUCUCUGCUUGGAUUCUACCACCCCUGGGGUCGGAUGAACACCGUCUGGUCACUUUUUGUGACUUAUUCUGGGAUGUUGCUGCCACACACAGUCGUCCCGUGUUUUUUGUAGUUUUUAUUAAAGCGCUGUCGGUUAACGGCAGCUCCGCCACAAAGCCGUCCAGCCUCCUCCUAGCCGACGUUGGCUAACUGUGACUAGCUUCCUGAGGACGAACGCAUCAUUACGAGUUAAUCUCCGCUGACUCGUUUGGCGUAAGCCGCUUGGUCAUAGCUGUUUAUCUAUAACUCUGUGACUAAAGUGGAUGCUUUCAGUUGCCCACCCAUGACUGCGGCGGAUAGGGCAGCGUUUCGCGACGCGGGGUGUUCGGAAGAUUGAUUUUCAGUUAGCCUCGUUUGAGGAGCUUCGGGCUGCUUCGGGGGAUGUUGGCGGCGGCGGUAGCAAAACAAGCUAACGUCGGUUGCUCCGUGUGAAGGAGGGGAGUGUAAGAAAGUGAGGCAACACUUCAAGCCCAUCCGUGAGGAGCUUAAUUUCCUUCAUGUUUGGUUAAAUUCCGGAUUGGAUGUCGCUGGGAGGAUCCCGACAAUUUUCAAGCAGAACCGGACACGGAAUAUACAUCAGAAACAGAUCGAAGGGAUUAUUUUUGUGCUUCUUCAGGUGGAUUUCGGCCUCCUACUCUGGAUCAUUGGAGGAACAAAUUAGGUGUUUUGACACUGACUUAACCUCCCUCUCCCGCUGCACCCUCUAAUGCGGAGAUCUUAGUAGCACCGGCAUCCAAAUCCCCUUAGGCGGCCGGACAUGCUGAAGUGUAUCCCCCUGUGGCGCUGCAAUCGCCACGUCGAGUCGGUGGACAAGCGCCACUGCAACCUGCAGACUGUCCCCGAUGAGAUCUUUCGCUACAGCCGCAGUCUGGAGGAACUUCUCCUCGAUGCCAACCAACUCAAAGAGCUACCAAAGCCUUUCUUCAGACUAUUAAACUUACGGAAGCUCGGCUUGAGUGACAAUGUGAUCCAGAGACUCCCUCCUGAGGUGGCCAACUUCAUGCAGCUGGUGGAACUGGACAUCUCCAGAAAUGAAAUCCCAGAGAUCCCUGAGAGCAUCAAGUUCUGCCGGGCCUUGGAGAUCGCAGAUUUCAGUGGAAAUCCGCUCGCCAGAUUGCCGGACGGCUUCACUCAGCUGCGAACGCUGGCUCACCUUUCCCUCAACGAUGUGACAUUACAGACGUUACCCAGUGACAUUGGAAACCUGGCCAACUUGGUGACGCUGGAGCUCAGGGAGAAUCGGUUGAAGUCUCUGCCUACGUCGCUCUCUUUCCUGGUGAAACUGGAACAGCUGGACCUUGGCAGCAAUGAACUGGAAGUUUUGCCGGACACGCUCGGCGCUCUCCCCAACCUGAGGGAGCUGUGGUUGGACCGUAAUCAGUUGUCUUCAUUACCACCUGAACUGGGAAACCUUCGGCGGCUGGUGUGUCUGGACGUCUCUGAGAACCAUCUGGACAAGCUUCCUUCGGAGCUGAACGGCCUGCUGGCUCUCACCGACCUGCUGCUCACACAGAACCUGCUGGAGGUCGUCCCAGACAGCAUAGGUUGUUUAAAGCAGCUGUCCAUCCUGAAAGUGGACCAGAACCGACUAACUCAGCUGACCGACUCUAUAGGAGAGUGUGAAAACCUCACAGAGCUUGUCCUGACGGAGAAUCAUUUACAGUCACUUCCUCGCUCGCUGGGCAAGCUGAAGAAGCUGACGAACCUGAAUGUAGACCGUAACCGGCUCGGCAGCGUGCCCAAAGAACUCGGCGGCUGCGCCAGCCUCAACGUCCUCUCGCUGAGAGAUAAUCGCCUGAGCAAACUGCCUGCUGAGCUGGCAGACGCCACUGAGCUGCAUGUGCUGGAUGUGGUCGGAAACAGAUUACAAAACUUGCCUUUCGCCUUGACAAACCUCAACCUUAAGGCCAUGUGGCUCACGGAGAACCAGUCGCAGCCAAUGCUCAAGUUCCAGACCGAAGACGACGAGCGGACAGGAGAGAAAGUGUUAACCUGCUACUUACUCCCCCAGCAGCCGUCGCCAAGCCUCGAGAACCUGCUGCAGAACAGCGUGGACGACAGCUGGAUGGACAGCAACCUGAACAGAGUGUCCGUCAUUCAGUUCCAGGAGGAGACCAAAGCUGAGGAAGAGGAAGAUGAUGAAGCUGCAGCAGAGCGCAAGGGCCUCCAGCGCAGAGCCACCCCUCAUCCCAGUGAGCUGAAGGUGAUGAAGAAGGGGAUAGAGGACAGGAGGAAUGAGCCUUACACAACCAGAACCGAUGGAGAAGACGAGUCACUUGACCCACAGGUGAAGCGGCUGAGUAACGUUUCAAAUCAGAGCCAUGACUCCCAGGUGUCCAACAGCACGCUGUCGGCCACAUCCCACGAGGAGAGACACAACCUGGUGGCUCCCUCCCAGCGAGGGGAGCUGGUGAACAACCAGUCCCCCCAGGAGGACGACGACCUGGACGAGAUGGAGGUGGAGUACAUCGAGCCAACCGUGCACUUUGCAGAAGAACCGAUUAUCCGGGGCGGAGAUGAGGACGACGAAGACGACGGAGAGAACGGCGAGAGGAGCGACGAAGACGACGACAGGCCGGUGAUCCCCCCGGAGAAGCAGCGGCUGAUCAGAAAGGACACGCCGCAUUACAAGAAGCACUUCAAAAUCAACAAGCUGCCCAAACCCGAGGCCGUGGCCGCGCUGCUGCAGGGCUUCAGUCCCGACCGGCUCAACUCCCCGACACGGGCUGCAGAGGACGAGCCCGAGGAAGAGGAGGAUCAGAUCGUAGGCAUCCCUCAGCUCCAUCACAGAAUGGAAGAGCUGGACGACAUCCGGCACCAGGGCAACUCCAGCCAAGUAAAGGGGGUGUCAUUUGAUCAAGUCAAUAAUCUGCUGAUUGAACCUGCUCGAAUUGAGGAGGAAGAGCACUCGCUGACUAUCGUUCGACAGUCUGGUGGGCUUGGUAUCAGCAUUGCUGGGGGAAAAGGAUCUACGCCUUACAAGGGAGAUGAUGAGGGAAUCUUCAUCUCCAGAGUAUCUGAGGAAGGUCCUGCAGCAAGAGCAGGAGUGAAAGUGGGAGACAAGCUUCUAGAGGUGAACGGAGUAGACCUCCAUGAAGCGGAGCAUCACACUGCAGUCGAGGCUCUCCGCAGCUCCGGGGCAACGGUUUCCAUGACGGUACUGCGCGAACGCAUGGUGGAGCCCGAGAACGCCAUCACCACCACGCCGCUGAGGCCCGAGGAUGACUACUUCCCACGGGAGAGGCGGAGCAGCGGCCUCGCCUUCAAUCUGGAGAGCAGUCCUAGCGGACCGCGGCAGAGGUUCUCCACCUGCCUGAUCCGGAACGACAAAGGCCUCGGGUUCAGCAUCGCUGGGGGAAAAGGCUCCACACCGUACCGCACAGGAGACACUGGAAUCUACAUUUCCAGGAUUGCUGAGGGUGGAGCAGCACACAGAGACAGCACACUGCGAGUCGGCGACAGGGUGAUCUCUAUCAAUGGUGUAGACAUGACAGAGGCCAGGCAUGACCAGGCAGUAGCGCUCCUUACCGGCACCUCCCCCACCAUCGCGCUGCUGGUGGAGCGAGACCUGAGCGCACCGGGGGGCUCUCCAGGUCAGAACCGGGCGCGGGCCCACUCCCCUCCUCCCCCAGAACCCUCCGCCUCUCCAGACCAAGACGAGGAAGGCCUUCAGGGGAACCACAUGGGGAAGCUGGAGGACGAGUAUCCCAUUGAGGAGGUGACCCUGGUGAAGUCAGGCGGCCCUCUUGGACUGAGCAUUGUUGGAGGCAGUGACCAUGCCAGCCACCCGUUCGGCAUCAAUGAACCUGGGGUCUUCAUCUCAAAGGUGAUUCCUCACGGUCUGGCGUGUCAAAGCGGCCUGCGAGUCGGCGACCGCAUAUUAGAGGUGAACUCCAUCGACCUGCGGCACGCCACGCACCAGGAAGCCGUGCGGGCCCUGCUGGCCAACAAACAGGAGAUCCGCAUGUUGGUGCGGAGGGAUCCUUCGCCGCCGGGGAUGCAGGAGGUUCUGAUCCAAAAGCAGCCCGGCGAGAAGCUCGGGAUUAGCAUCCGCGGAGGAGCGAAAGGUCACGCUGGAAACCCCUUCGACCCCACAGAUGAGGGCAUCUUUAUAUCCAAGGUGAGUUCGACCGGCGCCGCAGCCAGAGACGGACGGCUGCAGGUUGGCAUGCGCAUCCUGGAGGUGAACAACCACAGCCUGCUGGGAAUGACCCACACAGAGGCGGUCAGAGUGCUCCGCGCGGUCGGGGACUCCCUGGUUAUGCUGGUGUGCGACGGCUUCGACCCGCGGAAAGUCGCAGCUGGUGAGGCGUCUCCUGGGAUCAUUGCCAACCCGUUUGCAACCGGCAUCGUACGCAAGAACAGCAUGGAGAGCAUCUCCUCCAUAGACCGAGACCUGAGCCCAGAGGAGAUGGAGAUCAUACAGAAGGAGUCUGAGAUGGUCAGGGAGACGUCGCAGUGGGAGCGAGAGGAGAUGGAGAAAGUGGAGCGUAUGCGUUUGGAGCGUGAGGAGGCAACUCGCCUGCUAGAAGAGGAGACGGAGAACCUUGGCACUGGACCUUUAAAACUUGACUACAAAACCCUGGCUGCUCUCCCCACCACCAGCCUCCAGAAAGUGAACCGGUUCUCUGCCUCUGUUACUCUGACUGCCCCCAUGGAGGCCCCCCUGCCAGCCAAUCACGGAGCCCCUAUAGAGCCCUUCGGGUCGGGCAAACCCGCCGAACCCCUCACUGAUUAUCUCCACCAAUCCCAGUUGUCCCACAACGGGACGUCCAGCAUCCCUGACAGUCCAGCCGUUGACUCGACAGUUUCUCCUGAGGAGGAAGAGGAGUGCCUGGUGGACUCGCAGCCCAUGUGCUUUAGUGAGAACCCCUUCCUGGUGGCUAACCGUAGAGGGAGAGGCCUUCCACCCGGAGAGCGGAUCCUGUCGGGGCCUCCGGUGGGCUACGGCCGGCAGGGGAAGCUGCAGCCCUGGUUGUUCAGCAAGGCAUCUUCGUCUGAUUACAGCAGAACGGACAGCCCAGUCAGGGAAGCACCAUAUUCUCCCACUAUCCAACCGGCAAACAUUCAUCUCACUGCCACUCUCACUGCUAAGGACAGCACUUCAUCAUCAUCAACGCGGCCUGGAGCCAUCCAGCCAGUCGGACGCGCGUGGCCCACCGCCUCCCCCGGCACGCCGGAGGGCCGCAGCCCUAACCCCUUUCAGCAUGGCCCCUCCCCGUUCAACUCCUCUCCUCGCGCCCCCUCCCCCUCUUCGCCCGACGAGUUCCCAAUGAAUGUCAAGCAGGCAUACAAGGCGUUCGCCGCCGUGCCUCGCUCGCUGGCAGUGCUGGAGCCGCCGCAGGAUCUGUACGGUGUGAGGAACAAUUUUCACCCAAAGCAACCUUCACCAGAGCCUGUGCUGAACGACGAGGUGUUUGAUGAUAGAAGUGAAGGUCAGGAGGGAGGCGGUGAGGGUCUGACCAGCAGGGUCUCCCCGCGGCCCUCCCUCUCCUCCGAUCGACGGGACUAUAUGAGCCUGGCCGCCGUGCCGCGCUUCUCUAGAACCUCCAUGGAGCAGCAGAGCCCGUCUCUUGGAGGUAAGAACAGCCCGGAGCAGCGCUCCUUCAGGGACAGGCAGAAAUACUUUGAGAUUGACGUGAAGCAGCAGACGCCAGAGAAACCCAAACCCAGAGUCUCCCUCGUCGGAGAGGACGACCUCAAGAAAAUGAGGGAGGAGGAAGAGAGGAAGUUUGAGCAGCGAGCGCGAGAGUACCUGAUGGACGAAGAGGAUGAGGAUGAGGAAGAAGACCUGGCUAAGCAGGUGGAGCACAUGAAGGCUACAGGAAAGGUUUUGUUAGACGGGGUUGAGUACAAGGUGGAGCCCGUUUCUACCCCGUCUCAGCACUGCUCCACUCCACUGAGCUUCACCGGCAGCUCCGGGCCUUCUUCAGUAGAUGGGAAGGGCGACUCUCAGAGAAAUUCACUGGAGGACAGCUUCAGGUUGGAGCAGAGACCAAACUCCAUGACGGGUCUGGUGUCGUCUUACCCUGGAGAGUCGGCGGCUCCCAUCCGCACGGCCAAGGCGGAGCGCAGACAUCAGGAGAGGCUCCGCAUGCAGAGCCCUGAGCUCUCCGUGGCCCCGGACAAGGAUCUGUCCCCUGCAGAGAAACGAGCGCUGGAAGCCGAGAAGAGAGCCAUGUGGCGGGCGGCACGGCCCUAUGGCCUAGAGGAGGAUGUUAGACAGUAUGAGCAGGACCUGGCAAAGAGGCUCUACCAGGCCCGAGUGAGGGCCUCUCAGGGCGCAGCCCCCCAUGCUUCCUCCUCUACCUCCUCCUCUGCAGCCUCCCAGCUCAGAAUGAAGUCUCUGGAACAAGACGCACUGAAAGCUCAGAUGGUCAUCGCCAAAACUCGAGACGGGAAGAAGCGUGGGACACUAGACCAGCUGACGGAGUCCCCGUCGCCGGCUCCAACGCCGUCUCCCACUCCCAUGGAAGAGCUCAGUCCUCGAGCAUUAACCUCUCCAGGCAGGCUGUCCCUGUCAUCAAAGAAGUUUGACUACCGACAGUUUGCCGCCAUUCCUUCUUCCAAACCCGUAUACGACAUUCAGACCCCUGACGCAGCAGAGGAAGUGCAAUACAUCGACGCCUCCAGUAAUGCUGGGCACGGCCCUGAAGUGGAGGCUCCCGCCCCGAUGCCCACCACCUCAGCCCUGGAGGAGAUGGCCCUCUACAGCAACAAACGCAAACUGAGGCAGGGCCGCCGCAGCCUGGAAGCCGCUGUGCCGACGUAACACAACCAAAAACGAUAACCCAGAGAGGUCGCCUCUCCAAAUAUAACCACUGCAAAGACUCUGAAGCUUUUAGUCGCCACAUAGAUACUCACUUAUAUCCUGCGUGCCAGUCUUGCCUUUAUAGUCUGUGGGUGAGUCGGCGAGCUCCGUACCUGGACGGGACGAGUCGGUGUGGUUAGCUAGGAUUGCUACUUGCAGAUGAAUUAUUUUCUUAAAUCUCCUGUUUGCCUCGUAGAUCAGAUCUAUUUUAACUUGAGGGUGAUCAAAGUUUUUAGUUUUUGUUUGUUUUUUAUUUCUGCACCAUUGUGAUGUUGCUGUUAUGAAAAAAAGCAUAGUGGAAACAGGAAAUGAGAAGAAAUGGGUUAUAGUUUUACUAACUUCAGCGAUUAGAUUGUAAAGUGUCUGUUUUUAAUGAUUUGUGGUGUAAAUAUUAACUGAGGAGGGAACAGCUUGCUACCUUCAUCAUCUUAUAUGGUGGAAAAUCUUUUCUCUUGAAGCACAUAUCAUUUAUUCACUGCCACUGUAUUAUAAUUUAUUAUCAUUUUAGACGAAUCGAAGGCCUUCAUUCUACAUUUUCAGCUCUUUUGAACUCAAGAUGAUUUCCUAAUACUCAUCUGCAUAUCACUACUUAUAUUUACUUUAUAAAAACACUUAAAUCACAAGGGGAAUUGUUGCAAAUAUGAUUUAAAUGUUUGGACGAACGCGCCUACUUGCUGUUCAUCCCUGCAGCCUCUGUUCAGACUAACCCUCGUUACAUUCCCCUACAGAGAGGACAACUACACUGGACACAGCAGCAGCAGAUACUCCCCAAAUGAGAGUAUUAGUACUUGGGAUCAUGCAUUUUAUCAUUUAUCAAUGGUACUUGCCCUUCUAAGGGUAUUGUGUGUUUUUGUAUUUUUAUUUUUAAAUCAAUGUGAACCAUUAAUGCUACCCUAGCAUCUUUUGCGUUAUCUGGCUAUUUUUUUUACCACAGUGAUGUGAAGGUAGCAGGGAGUUUUAUUUUUCCAACUAUGGUUAACUUAAAUCUGAUGCCACUGAAAAAAAUCAUUUAUCGUGUGAAUAAUGUACAAAAACUGUAAGGAAGAAGAGAAAAUAUGGGUUGGAAACUGAGCCUGUCUGGACUGCUGGAGCAUCUGGGUGAGGUUGAGGCUUGGUGUUGGGAUGCUCUCCAUGUAAACUGGGAGAGCUGCAAAACAUUCUGCAGAAUCACAGCAUCGUAGCAUUUUGUUAAUUUAAUCUAGGGUCUGUGAUUACUUUUCCAUGUUGCUCUCACUGACUGAAAUUCAGUUUAUCAUUUGCUGUUUUUUUUCUUUUUUUUAUUUGUAGGCAACUACUUUUUUUCCCCAGAAGAGUUUCACUACAUUCAAGCCGUGUUUUUAUGUUUUCUGUGUUUCUUAUUUUUGUCUCAAGUUCUUUUUGGGGGCUUUAACUUGCUAACAGGCCAGAUGGUGCAGGGUCAGACGUGCUAGGGUCAAGGGUUAUAGCUCAUAUAAGACUGUAACUAGUGAAUUUGUACAACCAAAGAAGUCUAUUUUGUGGUUCAGGAAUAAUAAAUUUUACUUUUCAUUUAAGAAGCG